AUGUUUAGUGCAAUAAAAAAACUGACUUCGGGCAGCAAAAAAACAUUGGUGCAGAGAUAUACAGAUGAGCUCUCGGAGAUCACAUCACAGAUCCACGACCUGGACCGAAAGCUGGAAAAAAGUCAGCUUUACAUAGACCGAUUACAAUCCCAUUUGACAUAUUAUGGAGCAGCUAUUACUAUAUGUACAUUUGCGUAUCUCUAUUGGAAGUAUGAGGACAACUGGAUUUACGUCAUUGUUGGGAUUGUUACGACGAUUUUACUGAUAGGCAUCUGUAAAUGGGGAACAUAUAGAGUCCAUGAUUUCAUAAGAAGAAACCAAUCAAAAAAACUGGCAAGGCUAAGGGCCAGACAUCAAGAAAAACUUGAAAAGCUGAAGGAGGAGACAAAUUAUCACGCUACAAAUUCAAUCAUUCAUCGGUUUUCUGGAGGCGAUGAUCAAUCAGAAGAUACACUAAAACUAAUGGACGAAGAACUGAAAGGAAAAUAUGAGGAGUUGAAUGACUUGAAGAAGGAGCUAGCACAACUGAGGAAUGAUGAUACGCUAAAAACGCAAACGGAGAGAGACAAGUGGUUUGAUAAAGUUAUAAAUGCUAUUGGCGGCGGUAAUGAUUUCAGUAAGAUGAUGGUCCCAAUAGUAUGUGGUAACUGCAGGGCCCAAACAGGCUCAUAUCGGAUGCUUAAUAGGCCCCUAAACUAUGCUUGUCCAAUUUGCGGGUGGAUAAUCAACGAGACCAACGAGGGCAUGACGAAUGCAACUGAUACUGUUGAAAAAAAAGCUGAGAAUAAAAAUCAAUAA